AUGGAAUCUGGGAAUGUGACCAGAAAUAGAGAAUUUCUUCUUCUAGGAUUUUCUGAGGAACCAGAAGAUCAGCCCCUCAUCUUUGUGCUUUUCCUUUUCAUGUACCUGAUCACUGUGCUGGGGAACCUGAUCCUUAUCCUGGCUGUCCGCUCAGACCUCCACCUCCACACGCCCAUGUACUUCUUCCUGCCCAACCUGUCCCUUGUGGAGAUCUGCUUCACCUCCACCACCAUCCCCAAGAUGCUGGUGAACAUCCAGACACACAGCAAGGCCAUCACCUAUGAAGGCUGCCUCACCCGGAUAUACUUUUUCAUUGCCUUCGGAAGCCUGGAUGAUUUAAUCCUGACAGUGAUGGCCUAUGACUGCUUUGUGGCCAUCUGCCACCCCCUGCAUUACACGGUCAUCAUGAACCCCCGGCUGUGUGGGCUGUUGGUCCUGGUGUGCUGGACCAUGAGUACCCUGGAUUCCUUGUUAGAAAUCCUCAUGGUGUUGCCACUGUCCUUCUGUGCACGCGUGGAAAUUCCUCACUUUUUCUGCGAACUCAAUCAAGUGGUCCACCUAGCUUGUUCUGACACUUUUUUUAGUGACUUGGUGAUGUAUUUGUCAACUGUGCUCCUAGGGGUUGGUCCCUUCGCUGGCAUCCUUUACUCUUAUUCUAAGAUUGUUUCCUCCAUCCGCAGAAUCUCCUCAGCUCAGGGCAAGUUUAAAGCCUUUUCCACCUGCGCGUCUCACCUCUCCGUGGUCUCCUUGUUUUAUGGCACAGUCCUAGGUGUGUACCUGAGCACUGCUGUGACAGAGAACUCACAGAGUACUACAAUUGCCUCCGUGACUUACACCGUGAUCACCCCCAUGCUGAACCCCUUCAUCUACAGCCUCCAGAACAAAGAAAUCAAGGGUGUUCUGUCAUGUCUCUUUGGGAAGAAACAAUGA